AUGACCGUCGUUCAUGUGCUCGACGACUACUACCUGGCCAUCACGGCCCUCAUCACCGUCGCCUACCAGCUAUUCUUCUUCGCCAUCGCCUUCACCUUCAAGUUCGACAAGCUCACCGACUUUGCCGGCGGCACCAACUUUGUCGUCCUCGCCAUCACCACCCUGGCCAUGAGCGGCCACGCCCACGCGCGCCAGAUUGUCGCCUCGCUCUUCAUCAUGCUCUGGGGCGCCCGCCUCUCGGCCUUUCUCCUGUUCCGCAUCCUCAAGACCGGCAAGGACGACCGCUUCGACGACAAGCGCGACAAGUUCUUCCCCUUCCUCGGCUUCUGGGUCUUCCAGAUGAUCUGGGUCUGGACCUGCUCCCUGCCCGUGACCGUCCUCAACGCCCCCAACGUCACGCGCUACCCGCAGCACGCCUUUGGCACGGGCCGCGACAUUGCCGGCGUCGUCCUGUUCGCCAUCGGCUUCGUCAUGGAGAGCGUCAGCGACAUGCAAAAGUUCCGCUUCCGCAGCGCGCAUCCGGACCGCGAGGCCAUCUGCGACAAGGGCUUCUUCUACUUUACGCGGCACCCCAACUACUUUGGCGAGAUCCUCAUUCAGUUCUCCAUCUUCAUGAUCGCCGUCUCGGCGGCCGCCGACGGCUACGUGCGCGGCCAGGCCUUCCGCGCCCUCUACGCCACCAUCCUCGGCCCCAUCCUGCUGACGGCCCUGCUCAUGUUCCUGUCGGGCCUGCCGCUGUCGGAGCGCCCCGGCGCCAGAAGCGCUACGAGAAGGCCAGAACUGGGAGGGCUACAGCCGCUACCUGCGGCGCACCAGCAUUCUCAUCCCCUUCCCGCCGCGGCUGUACGAACCGCUGCCGACGUUCGUCAAGCGCACCGUCUUUCUCGAGUUUCCCAUGUAUGUGUUUGA